AUGGCCAUAAACAGGACUGUCUUAUCUGCACGUUAUAUGUGCAGCAGUUCAUCAUUUCACCACACUUUGCCUAUUAUUGGAGAUUUCAAGUUUCGACAAGAGUUCCUGAGCGACAUAUACCAUUCAAACGCAGCGUCGAACAGAUGGCACUAUCAGGAUGGAUUUGCGUGGUGACUGGUGCUUCCAGAGGAAUUGGAAAAGGUAUUGCCCUUCAGUUAUCUGAGGCUGGCGCUACCGUGUACAUCACUGGUCGACAGGAGAAAACUCUAAAGGAGACAGCAGCUGAGGUGACAGAGAGAGGUGGCCGGUGUCUCCCUGUGGUCUGUGACUCAUCUAAAGAGGAUGACAUCAAGGAGCUGUUUGAACGUGUCCAGCGUGAGCAAAAUGGCAGGCUUGACAUGCUGGUGAAUAAUGCUUACGCUGGUGUACAGGCUAUUUUCGACAACAUGAACAAGAAGUUCUGGGAGAUGGAUCCAGAAAUUUGGGACACCAUCAACAACACUGGACUCAGGGGUCACUAUUUCUGCUCAGUGUAUGCUGCAAGGAUGAUGGUGGCUGAGGGCAAGGGCUUGAUUGUGUUCAUAUCAUCAAUGGGUGGCCUGCGCUAUCUCUUUAAUGUAUCCUAUGGGGUCGGCAAGGCUGCAUGUGACAGAAUGGCAGCGGACAUGGCAGUAGAGCUGAAGAAGACGGGUGUGGUUUCUGUAAGCCUCUGGCCAGGGGCAGUUCAGACUGAGUUAAUUAGUCAGUAUGUAUCUCAUGAUAAGGCGCCUCCAGGUUUUGAUCCUAAAUUCAAGGAAGUUUUCAGUAAGGGUGAGACGCCAGAGUUUAGUGGACGAUGCAUAGUUGAGCUGGCCAAAGAUAAAAGUCUGAUGUCCAUGACUGGGCAAGUAUUGAUGACCUGUGACCUGGCUCGGCGCUAUGGACUCAAGGAUGUUGAUGGCCGCAGUGUCAUGGACUACACCUCUCUGAAGUUCGUUGUUUCCCAGGUACCCUAUGUGUCCUGGCUCUCCGUAUUCACUCCUUCAUUCAUCAGAGUGCCUCGUUCCAUGCUGAGUCUUGGCAGUGGCAAAUUCUAACAUGUCUCAGUGCAGAGACAGUGCCUAUUUUUAUAAUCCUGUCUCUUUUUUUAAAUUGUUUCUAAAAUUAUUGUAAUGUCCAUCUUUACAAAUGAGCAAGCACUGAUUAAAGUAGCUGAGUCUGGAAGACACUUAUUGCACAAUUCAUCAGUAUUGUUGUCACAACAAGAACAAGAAAAAUUUAUAAUUCCUUUUAAUAUAUACUGGUUUUUACUUGGAAGAGAAUAAUCAAUUCUUUUACAAAUGAAUGUAUACUUACCAAACAAUUUAUUGCAAUAAAUACUGACAUUUUACUA